ACCGCAGCUUCCGGCCGAUGUUUGCACGGACAUAGCCAGCUUUCUCUGGCACGACACUCUCUCGCUCUCGCGCUGUUGUUUCGUCUGUCGAGCCUGGUAUCACGCCGCAAAGCGCCAUCUAUUAUGGUCACCUACGCCGACCAUCAGCACGAAGGUGGCACUCUAUCGCAUCUCCCGCGUGCUUAUGUCCGCGCCAGGUCGGAGGCUUCUCAAGCUCAAGUAUAUAUCUAUCGAAGAUGACCCGUCUCAGCCCUUCGCGCACACAUUUCCUUUGUGUCUGUCCGGGACACACCUCCCAGAGCUACAUAUCAUUCGCCUGCAGGACGUGGACUGGGACAGACACAGGCUACAUACCGACUUCUUCACCUACCUGGCACACUUCACUUCUGUCCGCUGCCUCACGCUCUCGCACUGCACGCUCCGCAGUGCAGACGACCUGCGCAGGCUUGUCAACUCCUUGCCGAGGCUCGCGUACCUCGCGCUCAAAGGAGUCGAUGUGAAGCAGUCGACUUUCGCCGUAGAACGUGGAACUGUCGAUCGAGCUCGUGUCCGAGAGCUCAAUAUUGGUUUUCAUCCCUCUUGUACCCCCUUGCUCAGCCUGUGCACAGCGUACACCUCCGUUACCUUAGUCAUCAUCGACCUAUCUUAUUUCCCGUCAUUGGCCCAAGUCCAGCGCGUCGUCUCUGCAUUCUCCUCCUUGAACCACCUGCGUCUAGAGUAUGUGCACAAAAGUAGCAUGAACACUAACAGUGCAGACGACGACAUGUGGCCGCCGGCGUCCAGCAUAACUCUCGCCGCAGAUGCAUACUGGCACUCAAAGACACUCGUGCUCUCGCUUGCAACUUUCCAGAUCGAUGGGCUGCCAUCCGUCCAGAUCGAAGCCGUCCUCCGGUGGCUCGUGGCAACUCGUAGCAGCUCCACCAUCGAGGAGCUAGAAAUCGGCUUCCGGGAUGCACCUACGGAAAGCGUACAGUCAACCGUUGCAGACCUUCUGCAGCGGCUGGGGAGAAAGCUUGUACGUUUUAGGUGCGGGAGACUCGGUGUCUCUAAGGCUGAUGUUGCCUUCGCAGAGUACCUGCCUCCUCUGGAGUACAGCAUAGGCUUGCGCACUCUCCAGCUGCACACUCGUGUUAAUGACGACAGCAAGACGCUGCGCAAGACUCGCACCACUAUACUCACGGUCCUCUCCCGCAUCCAGACCCCGUACCUGGAGAAGCUCGUCCUCGGGUUCACGCUAGACUUUGGAUUGUCUGCGACCUCCACUGCGUGUGACGAGCCCAAUGCUGCGGAAAUCGACCCCGCUGCUCUCGAGAUCACCCACAGCAUCCUCGCACGUCGUGUCUUUGCCAAUCUCUCACCGCAAGGCGUAUACAUCAGGUUCUACGCCCCGGACGAGGCUAUGAGGGUCAUUUCCGAGGUCAUAACGACCAUUAUGCCGAAACUCUUCGCCCCAUGGUUCGCGAGGAGACUCGUGGUGAUGAAGACCCCGGACCAAACUUCAAUCCCUAUUACAGAGUGACUAGCCGAUGCACAGCCGCGUAGUUUCCGAUUUUGUUCUCAACGAUAAUGAUGGCAUACCCAUUGUAGUCCCGAUUGCGCGAAUGGCUAGACGUGGACCCGCUUACAGUAC